AUGGCCGCCCCGAACCACCACCACUCCUUGCGGGACAGGCAAGUCGCCUCCAUCGAGAAGAUCCUGAACCUCAACCAGCAAAACGACCAGUCCUCCGACGACCACCAUGACCCCAAUGCCACCGGCCUGCUGCCCCGCUCCACCCCGAUCCUCGACCAAAAUGGCCAGCCCAUCUGGAAGGUCCUGGUCUUCGACUCCCUAGGCAGGGACGUCAUCAGCAGCGUCUUGCGCGUCAACGACCUCCGCAGCUGGGGCGUGACGAUACACCUGAGCAUUAACACCACCCGCCACACCAUACCCGACGUCCCAGUCAUUUACCUGGUCGAGCCGACCGCCCACAACCUAGAGCUUAUUACUUCCGACCUUUCGCGCGGCCUAUACUCGCCCGCUUAUGUCAACUUCCUCGCCUCAAUACCACGGCCAUUGCUGGAGGAUUUCGCUGCAAAAACAGCCGAACAUGGCACGGCCGAGCACCUCGCGCAGAUCUACGACCAAUACUUGAACUUCAUUGUCAGCGAGCCCGACCUGUUCAGCUUGGGCAUGGGUAAGGAAUCAUACUGGACGCUUAACAGCGCGCAAGUCAAGGACGAAGAGCUGGACAGCGCCGUGGACAGGAUUGUGAGCGGCUUGUUUAGCGUCGUGGUCACUAUGGGCACGAUUCCUAUCAUUCGCUGCCCUAAGGGUGGCGCUGCGGAGAUGAUCUCAGCCAAGCUCGACCGCAAGCUCCGCGAUCACAUCUUAAAUUCCAAAGAUAACCUGUUCUCUGGCGCGAACCAGAAGACGUCUGCAUCUGGGUCGGCGCCAUCGUCCAGACCGGUGCUUGUCAUUGUUGACCGAAAUGUCGACUUGAUACCUAUGUUGUCUCAUUCCUGGACAUACCAAUCUCUUGUACACGACGUCCUCCAUAUGCACCUUAAUCGAAUUACUGUGGAACUGCCGGUGGACGAAACAAACCCGGCCAGAGGCAUGACCAAGAAGUCUUAUGAUCUCAACGCGAACGAUUUCUUUUGGGCUAAGAACGCCGGCGUCCCUUUCCCCAACGUCGCUGAGGCGAUUGAUACGGAGCUGCAGAAGUACAAGCAAGAUUCAGACGAGAUUACCAAGAAGACGGGCGCUGCUUCGCUGGAUGAUCUACAGAACGAUAGCAGUGCGUCGGUGAAGCAACUUGGCGCUGCAAUUACGCUGCUUCCGGAGCUGAGAGAGCGGAAGGGACUUCUCGACAUGCACAUGAGUAUCCUGACCGCUCUCUUGAAGGCCAUUAAAGACCGCCAACUGGACAAUUACUUCCAGCUUGAGGAAAACAUCACCAAGCAGUCUAAAGCACAGAUCUUGGAGCUUGUUCAAGAUAACGACAAGGGCAACGAUCCUAUGGACAAACUCCGUUUGUUCAUCAUUUGGUUCCUGAGCACGGAGCAGGAGGUUUCCAGAGCUGACAUGGAUCGCUUCGACGAGGCAUUGCGAGCUGCAGGCGCCGACACUGCUUCCCUCGCUUACGUCAAAACCGUUCGCGAAAUCACCCGCAUGACAAUGAUGUCGUCUGCUCCCGCGCAACCAGCUCAGUCGUCAGCAUCCAGCGAUCUUUUCCGAGGAUUCAGCUCUCUAUCCAACCGCCUCACUGACCGGUUCAAGGAUGCUGGUCUUGGCUCCAACUUUGAGAAUCUGGUUUCCGGCGUGAAGAACUUCCUUCCCGCCAACAAAGACUUGACGCUCACAAAGAUAACGGAGUCUUUGAUGGACCCGCAGAAUGCGGCGUCGUCGGCCAUUGCAAAGACGGAGAGUUACCUGUAUUUCGAUCCUCGCAGCGCCAACGCGCGAGGCACCAUGCCGCCCGCGAGCCAGGCGAGAAAUCAGCAAGGAGGCAUUGGCGGCAUGGGGCGCGGCAUCGAGGCCAGCUUCGGGCAGAGGAGACAGGGGUUCAGCGAGGCGAUUGUAUUUACGGUCGGCGGAGGCAGCAUGGAAGAGUACGGAAACCUGCAGGACUGGGCGAAGCGAACGAGUGGGAACGGGGCGCCCGGGAGUGGUCCCAGGCGGCGGGUGGUGUAUGGCAGCACAGAGCUGGUCAACGCGGACGACUUCAUCAACAGCGAGCUGGCGAAGCUGGGCAAGGAGAGCGUAUGA